CGGACUUCCUCGGCCUGCAUACGUUCUGCACAUGUCAGGGGAGGUGGAUGGGAUGUACUUGUAGUAUUUCCUUACUAUCGUGAUACACGUUGAGGAUUUCCCGAUUAAUGCACGUAGGUAGGUAGUUGCUGAGGGACGUCCAUUCCCCGCACGACGGCCUGCGGAGUAGUCGCACGAGAUAACACCCGUCGUUGAUCAAAACACUGACGCUGACGCUGACACUGACACUAACAUUGACACUGAAGUUUCCCAAAUUAAAUCUUGUUCUCAUUCACUUCUCCGUCGUCCAAGCUCAUCGUUUUUCUUCUCUUGUUUAUAGUGUUCUUUCCUCGUUCAAUACGUCAACGCGUACCCCGCAAUCGCUGGCAACAAUACACAGCCAAGAUGGCGCGCUACACCAGAAAACAAAUCGUUACGUUCAUCAGCAUCGUAUAUCUCGUCUUCACGACUGCCAUAGCAGGUUAUGCAGCGUCCCGCGCCAACCGCCUCUCGGUACCCAUAUCUGACACUCUCACCGGCUUCGCGGCCGCUCUCCCUGUCAUCUCUGGCAUUCUAAUCGAGUGUGGCUACGAUCUGACGCGCUGCAAGGAGCGCCGCAGUCACUUAGAACACAGCGAGAUUCAGCAUCCGCCUUUCAUAAUCGUUGCCAACUUCAUCAUCUUUAUUUAUUCGACUGUGGUCAUCACCUUACUUGGCACGCACGCAGCUCCACCUCCAGAGCUGGACUGUGGUCUGCGACGACAAUGGCAGUCGCUGUUCAGGGCUAAGGACUCAAGCUCGCUCAGGGCUAUCCAGGACCAGUACAAUUGCUGCGGUUUCACCAGCUCACAUGAUAUGGCUUGGCCGUUCCCAGGCAAAGGCGUGAGCCAAGACGCAUGCGAAAAGCUGUCCGGAAACACGAAGGGCUGCCUUGGACCUUGGAAGGCUGACGAACAGCACAUCGCGGGAUUGUUAAUGGGAGUUGUGGGUCUGGUUGUGGUUUGGGCGUUCGCCAUCAUCGCUAUACCAACUCAACGCGAGUCCUGGCUGCACAAGAUCGCCCCAGAGCAGGUGUCAGACUUCAUCGCCCGCGAAGAGCACGGCAACACUGGCGAACGACGCCGCAUUAACUAUCUUCCAGACACCAACCGCUACUCAGACCGCGUCCAGGAAGAAGACGACGAUGCCGCCCCGCCAAGCCCGGAGACUCGACGUGCGCUCGAGGAGGGCCGUGCGACAAUUGGCACAGGUCUGCCUGGAAAUGUUGUAAUGGAUGCACCCACUACCGAGGAGUGGACAAGAGACUAGGGUGAGACAAAAUAUGGCACGCCUUCGGUAUGAGCCUCGGAUGGUCAAUGGUAAAUGGGAACCCGCUCCGGGAGUUAAGCAAACUGCAAAAUUAGCACGGCGUUUCAAGGCGGUCAGUACUUGACAUAGCAUCAGGGAACAGUAAGUAACCAGGGCCCAACAAAUUGAACAUGUUCCCCUCUC